GAAUAUCCCAUCGAAGAAAACACCGUCUCUGAGCUGUGUCGUGCACUCCUCAUGAGAAGCAUGGGUUUGGAGGAAGAAAGCAAUUAUGCUGAUGAUGAACAAAACGCACAAGAUGAGGACGCCGAUGAAAAUGCAGUGGAAAGUGAAAGAGGAACACCUGGAACUCUUGAUGUCUCACAGAUCGACGUCGAUGUUUGUCAGACGCUUCUUGAUCGUUUUGCGCCGGACAAAGAAAUCUGGGAACUAACGCCGGAGGACCAGCUAGGUGUACUAAACCUUGAGUACAUUAGUGAUCAGGGAGACACAGGCCCAGUACAGACCUUGAAGGGUAAAAUCAGCAAAAUCAAUGAGCAGGUCAACUCAUGGCAAGAAGAACUGUCGAAAAUUCCUGAAAUCGAGGAAGUUGCUGACAUAGCUCAACUUUCUCGAUCUCAAGCUCGCGAAAGAGUUGAACUGCAAAAGAAACGAGAUACUCUGGAAGGGAAGAUUGAGGACAGCAAGAACAAACUCGAGGAGUUACUGGAAAAAUUAGCGCUUGAAAAAGUGAUGAAAAGUCAAUCACGGCGUAUUGCUCCCAUGGGUCAAGACCGCCAUUUUCGUAACUACUAUUGGUUUCACGGAAACACUGGCGAUGAUGGAGUUUGGAUCCAAGAUGUGGGUAUACACGCGCAUCUUCUAGUUCAAUCUUAUUUCUAA